AUGAACAACUAUCUGUCUUCACAAAAAGAUCAGAUUUUCAAAAAUGUUCAGGUGUUAAUUUACGUUUUUGAUGUUGAGAGUAGAGAAUUUGAAAAGGAUCUGGGUUAUUACCAAUCCUGUCUUGAAGCUCUACUGCAUAACUCGCCGAAUGCCCAGGUAGGAAUUUAUUUACUUUGA